AUGUCUGGAAUUCGUAUGAGUAAAUAUAAGCAUGUAUUUGGUAAGCCACUUAAGCGCGAAGAGUGUUAUGAUUCCAUGCGGAUCACCAAAAGCUCAUGGGAUUCCUGUUUUUGCUCUGUAAAUCCAAAAUUCUUCGCAGUUGUUACUGAGGCGGCCGGAGGGGGUCGAGUACCUGCGAAUGCCCCAUUGGUUUCUGGUCAUACGGCAGCAGUGCUAGACAUUCAAUGGUGUCCUCACAACGACAACUUAAUAGCAAGCGCAUCUGAAGAUUGCACUGCAAAAGUUUGGGAUAUUCCUGAAAAUGGUCUUACCGAAAACUUAUCUGAGCCUGUUGCUAAUUUGGUCGGACAUCAACGGCGCGUCGGUCUUGUAGUCUGGCACCCAACAGCUGAGCAUGUUCUUCUCACAUCUGGUAGGCCAAACUCAGCCAUCUAG